CGCGUGUGCCCGAAUUUAACAGGACACUUCAACGUAGACAUUGAUCCAAGUAAGGAUGAUCAUGGAAGUGAAAGUACGGAGAGUGACGAGUUCCAAAUAUUGUGAGGUGUUCGCGGACGGUCUGGGCCGGUUCACCGGUGGCAAGGUGAGCGUUCACGUGCGGCCGGGCGCGCGGCCCGUGUUCAUGCGCGCGCGCCCUUUGGCAUACGCGCUGCGUGAACCGGUGGAGCGCGCGCUGACCCAGCUGCAGCUCGACGGCAUUCUCUCGCCGGUGGAGCGCUCGGACUGGGCGACUCCGAUCGUACCGGUCGUCAAGAAGGACGGUAACAUUAGGAUUUGUGCUGAUUACAAAUUAACUAUCAAUAAAGUCAUAGAAGUUGACCGAUAUCCGCUGCCUAGGGUAGAGGAGCUGCUGCUUCAGUUGAGGGGUGGUGAACAUUUUAGUAAAAUUGAUUUAUCACAGGCCUACGCACAAUUUGAACUAGAUGACACUAAGAAAUAUACCGUGAUAAAUACCCAUAAGGGUUUAUUUAUGUAUAACAGGCUAGUGUAUGGCCUAUCGUCGAGUCCGGGUAUUUUUCAAAGACGAUUAGAGCAGCUGUUUAAAGAUAUACCUCAAGUAGGUGUUUUCUUGGAUGACAUCAUAAUCACAGGGGCUUCUAAGGAAGCUCACUUGCGAAAUUUAUGCCAGGUGUUUGAUCGAUUAAAAAAGUACGGCUUGAGGGUAAAGAAAGAAAAGUGUGUAUUCUUUGCGGAGUCAGUUAGUUAUUUAGGGCACACCAUUAGUAAAAAUGGUGUUCACACGUGUCCCGAUAAGGUUAAAGCCAUAAUCAAAACACCCGCGCCUACUAAUGUCAGCGAGCUCAGAGCAUUCAUUGGAAUGGUUAUGUACUACGGCAAGUUCGUGAAGAAUGUUAGUACAGUUCUAGCACCGCUAUAUAACUUGCUUAGAGUGGGUGUUCAGUUCAGUUGGAGUAAAGAGUGUCAAGAUGCGUUUACCAAGGUUAAAAAUUUAUUAGCAAGUAGUGACGUUUUAAUGCACUAUACACCGGAGUUGCCUGUAAUUUUGACGACUGAUGCAAGCAGCGUGGGUAUAGGCGCGGUGAUAUCGCACGCGAGCGCGCACGGCGAGCGGCCGGUGGCGUACGCGUCGCGCUCGCUGACGCAAGCCGAGCGCGGUUACUCACAAAUAGACAGAGAGGCGCUCGCUAUUGUUUUUGGGAUUAGGAAAUUUCAUCAGUACUUGUAUGGGCGCAAGUUUAUAUUGCGAACGGAUCAUAAGCCUUUAACUUACAUUUUUGGAAAUAAAGCAGGGAUCCCGGUAAUGGCCGCAUCCAGACUACAACGCUGGGCGGUGUUAUUGGCAGGUUACUCCUAUGACAUUGAGUAUGUGUCAUCAAGUAAGAACUGUGCGGAUGCGUUGUCACGAUUGCCAUGUACAGAAGUUAAUAAUUUAGGAGUACGGAACGAUAACACUUAUGUUAAUUUUGUAGAAGAUUUUUUACCUAUUACCAGCAAAGAUGUUAAAGAAGCUACAGCUCGUGAUAAGGUCCUAAGUAGAAUUUUAACGUAUACCCAAUCUGGUUGGCCUACAACUUGUUCAGAUGAAUUGAUUCAACCCUAUUUUAGAAGACGUAAUGAACUAUACACGGAAUGCGGGUGCUUAAUGUGGGGUUACCGUAUGGUCGUACCACUUUCAUUACAAUAUAAAGUUUUAAAACAACUUCACAGUAGUCACAUGGGGAUAGUGAAGACAAAGAGUCUAGCUCGUAGCUACGUGUGGUGGCCUAACAUAGAUGCUGCAGUGGAGGAGAUGUGCAAGCAGUGUGAGACUUGUGCGGCGGAGGCGGACGCUCCCCACCGGGCUCCAAUACAGCCGUGGCCUUACCACACGCGUCCCUGGACGAGGCUACACGUUGAUUUUCUAGGUCCGUACAAAGGUUUAACGUUUUUCGUUUUAAUUGAUUCUUCUUCCAAGUGGAUAGAAGUUUUUGAGAUGAAAGGUACUAACGCAUCUAAGGUUAUAAAAGUAUUAAGAUCUACAUUCGCCAGAUUCGGCCUACCAGAAGAAUUAGUUUCGGAUCAAGGCCCACCAUUUACCAGUACUGAAUUUAAAAAUUUUCUUAAGAAUAAUGGUAUAAAACAGUAUUUUUCACCGGCUUACCACCCAUCCUCAAACGGGGCAGCAGAGAACGCAGUAAAGUUAUGUAAACGAGCUAUCAAGAAGGCUUUUAGAGACCAGACAGAUAUUGAUACGGCUUUACAAACUUUUCUUUUAGCUUAUCGCAAUACAGUGCACGGUACCACCGGGGAAACCCCAGCCAUGCUUUUACAGAGACGGACGUUACGGUCGAGACUAGAUCUGUUGCGUAGUGAUCGUGUCAUUGAAAACAGAGUACGAGAAGCACAGGCGCGUCAAGUAGAAUACGCGGGUGGAACUCCUCGUAAAUUUACAGAGGGGGACUCAAUUUGGGCACGGGAGUACGGCUCUGGUGAUAAAUGGGUGAAAGGCACUGUACGCGGGGUGGACAGUUUACGUAGGUAUUCAGUAGUGGCGGAUAGCGGUCAAACUUACAAAAGACACAUUGAUCAAAUGCGUCGUAGAUCCCGAUUUUCCGAUGUUACCUGUCCGGGAGGAGAUGAUGAGAGUCAGCGGGGUGAAGGGAAUGUUGUCGAGCCUUUAAGCAAGGGUUCAGAGGAAGUAACUCUGCCAGAAACAGAGACUGUAAAUACUAACCAGGGCGAACAAGAAGGUGUUCCUUCUGAACACUCCUCACCUAAACUACCAUCGCCAUCUGUGCCACCGGUGAGUCGUUAUUCCAGGCGGACACGGAAACCGGUAGAUAGAUUUAGAGUAGAAUAAGUUAGUUCAUAAGAAUGCCUAGUUAAGUUAGCCUAAGAAUACUUAGUUAAGUUAUCAACUCUUGUAAAUUAGUUAAUAAGAGAUUUAAUUCUAGAUUAGCGGUGGAGGUGUGAUGUCGGUCAAUUGGGGGUACUUUGAUAACAUUAAUUAUUGUAUGU